AUGCUUUUGUCCCCCUCCAGUUUCAGUAGCAUUGGCAUCCGGGUGGCGAUAGAGGCACACGAAGCCGCAGCCAAGGCAGACACGCCGACUUCAACGCAGCCGCAAUCACCUGUCGACACUCCAGCGCGAGAAGGUUUGCAGUCUGGAAGCCAAUCGACUUCCCCUCGUCGCAGCAGCAGCAGCAGUAAGACCCGUAAACGUCUCAGUACGAAACCCCCAUCCAUAAUAAAGCCGGCACGGUACAUACCGCAGCAGGACUUUUUUGACGUCCUCGAGUCUCUGGAUGCGCCCAUUCAGAAGCGGGACUUGCGGCGUGUCGUAAGCCGCUGCGAUACAAACCACAAUCAGACGAUCGAUUGGCAGGCUUUCUUGGCGGGCAAGAACUACAUCAAGAAGUUUUAUCUCAUAUCUGCGUUUGGAAAGAAGAGGAAGAAGAAGAAGCCAAAGGGUCUAAAAAUAGGUUGGUAG